AUGGAAGAGCUUCAUGAAAGAGCGCAAAACAAAACAAGAGUGAUGGAAUUCAUCUUGCUUGGCUUCCCUGGGUCUCACUAUGUACAGAUGGGGAUCUUCAUGAGCUUUUUAACCAUAUACAUCUUGACAGUUUUUGGGAAUGUCACCAUUGUCAUUCUAGUGAUCACUAACUCCCGUUUCCACACUCCCAUGUACUUCUUCCUUGGCAACCUCUCUUUCCUGGAAAUAUGGUACACAAUGACCAUCAUGCCGAAAACCCUUUCUGUCUUGCUAGGAGACAGCAGAAGCAUCUCUUUCACAGGUUGCAUCCUACAGAUCUUCUUCAAUUAUUCCCUUGCGUGCAGCGAAUUCUUCAUGCUAUCUGUUAUGGCUUACGACCGAUAUUUGGCCAUUUGUUAUCCACUGCAAUACAGCACCCUAAUGGACAUCAAACUCUGCUGCAAGUUGGCUGCGGUUUCUUGGCUAUUAGGGUUCCUUGCUAUGACUACACCAACUGUUCUGAUGUCAAAGUUAUCCUUCUGUGGACCCAACAUGAUUAACCAUUUCUAUUGCCACAUUGAUUCCUGGAUAUCUCUUUCUUGUUCUGACACCCAUGCUUCUGAAAUAGCCAUGUUCAUCGUAGCCAUCGUUGUCAUUUUGAUUUCAUUUUUGAUAACCUUUCUUUCCUAUGCAUACAUCAUUUCUACAAUACUGCAUAUUGCUUCUGCCAAAGGUCGUCUAAAGGCCUUUUCGACGUGCUCCUCCCAUUUGACUGUUGUGGUUAUUUGGUUUGGCUCUGCCAUAAUUCUUUAUAUCAAACCCUCUAAACGAGCAUCGGUAGAAAUGACCAAAGUUGUGAACAUCAUGAAUACAAUUGUGACUCCUAUGUUGAAUCCUUUCAUCUACACACUAAGGAACAAAGAUGUGAAGGAGGCCUUGAAACAUUCAUUACAUUGGAAACAAAGAAAAACAUGCAUUAGGUGA